GCCGCCCGUCUGAACCUCGGCCCCGGCGGGCGCCUGGCGGGGCACUCGCGAUCGCACCGUGACACGACCCCGAAAAACCUUGGUGCCUCCAAAACCUGCUCCAGCAAGCUGGAGCUUCGCGGCUUUUCGCGAGCUCAAGUCGUGGUUUUCCAGUUCUGGGAGGAGUUGCAUUGAGUGCUGCUUCUACAGAUGCUUCUCAAACUUCUUUAUUAGAAGGAAGGCAGUAGCCAAGUGAAGCAGCUGGAAUCACACUGAAGUCACUCUGAACUCUACAGAUCACUUCAUUCUUCCUUCUGCUACAGAGCACACAUCUCUGAAUUACAGUGUGCUUUCUUCUGAAGAAUAAAGAAGAAAGCAGCUGUGCAACAUGACAUUUGAAGAUUUUGAGAACUACUCUUAUUUCUAUGACCUACCUGAAGAAGAAGAAUCACCCCAGUCCACCCUCAGCAUUGCCCAUAUGAUUUCCCUUUCCUUUUACAGUGUGGCAUUUCUUUUGGGAGUCCCAGGUAAUGCCAUUGUCAUCUGGUUUAUGGGCUUCAAGUGGGAUAAAUCGGUCUCUACACUCUGGUUCCUCAAUCUGGCCAUUGCAGAUUUCAUUUUUGUUCUCUUUUUGCCCCUUUAUAUCACGUACGUAGCAAUGGGCUUCCACUGGCCUUUUGGGAAGUGGCUGUGUAAAAUGAACUCAUUCAUUGCACUACUUAAUAUGUUUGCCAGUGUUUUCUUCCUGACGUUCAUCAGCCUUGACCGCUACAUCCGCCUAGUCCACCCAGUUUUUUCCUACAAGUAUCGGACUGUAAGGAACACCCUCAUUCUCAGUGGGAUCAUUUGGAUAUCAGCUGCAGUUAUUGGUGGCCCUGCCUUAUACUUUAGGGACACAGCUACAGUUCUCAACAAUGUCACCAUUUGCUACAACAACUUCCACGUGCAUGAUAGAGAACUCGUUAUGCUGAGACAUCACAUUCUAAUUUGGGUGAGGCUUGCAUUUGGUUACCUCUUUCCUCUAGUGACCAUGGUCAUUUGCUACUCAUUGCUGAUCGUUAAAGUGAAGAAGAGAACUGUAUUGACUUCGAGCAGGCUUUUCUGGACCAUUAUUGCUGUAGUUGUAGCUUUCUUUCUUUGCUGGACACCAUAUCACAUAUUCAGCAUUGUGGAGCUUUCUGCUCACCAUGAUGAAAACUUGCAUGACUUAUUGCAGGAUGGCAUUCCCCUCUCCACUGGCCUUGCUUUCAUCAAUAGUUGCCUCAAUCCAAUCCUCUACGUUCUCAUCAGCAAGAAGUUCCAGGCCCAGGUCAAGACAACAGUCUCUGAGGUGCUAAAAUUGGCACUGUGGGAGGUGAGCCGCUCAGGAACUGUCAGCGAGCAGCUGUGGAGCUCAGACAACACCCAUGCACCUGUGCACUAUUGCGAAACUGCUCAGUGACAGCUUGUCACCAUCCGUCUCUAAAAUAGCUGACAGAUUUGGAGGUGUAGUUGACUUCACAUCUGCCAGUCAGAUGUGCAUCUUUGCAAAUACAGUUUUAUAUAAACAGCUGGCUUAACUGUGCUUGCUGCUUUCCUUUAAAUGUUUUUAAAGGACACAUCAUUUGGGUGUGGUGUGGUUGCAAUGUGGACACCCUGAACUGAAAGUUGUCAGCAUAAGUGGAAUUGCUUUAACUGGGUUUUUGAUGAGGAAUAUUGUUGUAAUCCUGUUGUUUUGGGGUUCUGUAGCUUAUUGAUAUUAAAAUAACACAAAAAAAAUUCCCCUCAUCCUCACUGAUAACACUUUUGAUCUAGGCAUCCUCCUCCAAGAGGUCAUGCCAUACAUCAGUGGCUUGUGAGUGUUCCGAUUAUCUAGUAUUGUUUAAAGUAGGAAUCACCUGGCUACACGCCAGCCCAGCGAAGUUGCCGAUAGUUCCACUGUGCAAUCAGAGAAGUGUCCCAGGAUGGAGAAGACUAACUUGCUGCCUUCUCUUGUCAAGAGAAACAUGAAAAUAAAAUGUGUUGUCCCAUU